AGGUCUCAGGCCCCCAGGCGGGGCGGCGGGCGCCGGACCCCCAGGCGGAGCGGCGGGCGCGGACCACCAGGCGAGCGACAGGUCUCGGGCCCCCCAGGCGAAGCGGCGGGCACCGAGUCACCAGGCACGACAGUGGGCUCCGAGUCAACUGGCAUGACCGCUGGCACUGGGUCAGACAUUGGAUCGUCUGGCUGGACAGCGGGCAUCGGGGUCACCAGCAUCAGGUCAUUUGGCUCAACAGCGGGCACCGCGUCAUCUGGCAAGGCAGUGGGCUCCGAGUCAACUGGUAUGACCGCGGGCACUAGGGCAGACAUUGAAUCGUCUGGCUGGACAGCGGGCAUCGGGUCCACCAGGCAUCAGGUCAUUUGGCUCGACAGCGGGGCACCACAUCAUCUGGCAAGGCAGUGUGGCACCGAGUCACCAGGUACUACGACAGCGGGCUUCCCCGGAGUCAAUUGGGACUGGACAGCGGGCAACCGGGUCAUCAGGUACCGGAUUGUCCUGGCUCGACCGCGGGUCAUCGGGUCACCAGGCAUCAGGUCAUUUUUGGACUUGCCGCAGCGGUCACCGCGUCAUCUGGCAAGGCAGUGGGGACCGGGCUCACCAGGC